GUUUUUGACAGAUGUUAUAAAAACAAAGCCAGAGUCAAAUUUCAGAUAAAAAAUCGUCGAACACAAACUGAUAUAAAGUUUUUGUGAAAUUAAUCAAUGCUUUGAUUUAACAAUAACUUUUAUUUUCAUUAAGGCAAUGGUGAAAACCAGGCGUAGUAACGGUGAGAAUGGGGAGGUUGAGGAUGGGAAUGAUACACCGAACGAAGCUGGAAGUGUGUCCGAUGAGAAGGCAUCAAACUGGUCACAGAGAGAGCUAAGGAGUAGUCAGUUUAAAGUUAAGAGAAAGAUUCAAAGCUGGCCUACAAGAUAUAGCCGUAGCUGUAGACGGCGAACCAUCACAAUGCCUAGGCUAAUGUUUCCAGAGAGUGACACAGAACCAGAUAAAUAUACUAGAAGGUCCCGCCAGGUGAGAGUAUUUUUUGCAGAAGAAAAUGACACACCUAACAGAAGUAUCAAAAUACGUAGAAGCCGUGGUCCGAUAAAAAACUAUAUGGAAGAAAGUGAAGACAAACAACAGAAUGUGCGGCGCAGCUGUAGGAAGCGUAAACUGCUACAUCACAAUUUCAACGAAAGCUGGAUCACAAACGAGCUCAAGGUCAAAGGGUAUCCGGACCUCUACGGGUACCAGGGGACUAGCUCCUCAGAUGAGUUCACAUCAGGCGACGAGGCUCGGGUUAAUAACAAGAAACUACAGCAGAGAACAGUAACAAGCAACGGUCCUGUAAACACAGAUGAAGACACACAGUUGUCCCGACAGAGGCGGACAUCGGCUAGAUUCAAAAAUGUUAAGGAUGCUUCAGAAUCCGGUUCGGAAAAUGAAAAUAAUGAAACAGUUAUAGAGAGAAAACCUGAGGAGGAAACUAAAUUACAAGAUGAUGUAAAAAUGGAGACCAAUGAACCCCCUGAGAACAACAAACCGGAGAAGACUGAUGACAGCGAAAGCAACCAAAGACCAAUACGAGCAGUCCGAGCUAGGCGCCGACAGAAAAAAGAUGGACAGCAGGAGUCAGCGUCGGAGUCUUCGUCGUCUGACAGCGAGCUAACGUUACGUCCGCGGAGAUCGAACCGCACUCGCACAGCAAAGCCUGCCUUCCUGCAGAUCACACCCAGUCAGACAAGAACACGAGGUAAAACUUUUACAAUUGGGAAGCCAUAUUGUUUAAGGGAAAGGAAACCAAAGAUAUUACGGAGAAAAACUAUUCGAUCUCAAUCACCGUCAAACUCAAGUACAAGCAGUAGCAGUACCACCUCCGAUACAGAAGAGGACCUCAAUGUUUCCAUGAAAAAUAAAACUAAGGGCAGACAAAAAAGCAAAUCUGCCGAUGACAAGAAGACCGAUAGAGCAUUGAAGGAUAUCCAACCUAUUGAAGUUGAUAGAAGUGUCCGAUUUUCUUCUGUAGGUGGAUUAGAUGAGCACAUCAAAUGUCUCCGCGAGAUGGUUCUAUUUCCACUCAUGUAUCCAGAUCUAUUUGACAAGUUUAAAACCCGACCGGCCAAGGGUGUGUUGUUCCAUGGGCCCCCGGGUACUGGCAAGACUCUGCUAGCUCGGGCACUGGCCAACGAGUGCAGUCUGGUCGGUGGAAGGAAGGUAGCAUUCUUUAUGAGGAAAGGUGCAGAUUGUUUGAAGAAAUGGGUGGGGGAGAGUGAACGACAUUUGAAGUUACUGUUUCAACAGGCAAAGAAGAUGAAGCCGUCGAUAAUAUUCUUCGACGAGAUAGACGCGUUGGCGCCCGUUCGUAGUGUGCGUCAAGAACAGGUGCACGCCAGUGUUGUCGGUACACUCCUGGCCGAAAUGGAUGGAGUGUGUGAAAGAGGAGAGGUGGUAGUGAUAGGUGCCACCAACCGUCUGGACGCGGUAGACCCUGCCUUGCGACGUGCGGGCCGCUUCGACCGUGAGCUUCACUUCCCUCCGCCGCAUGCCGCCGCCCGCCGGCAGAUCAUGAACAUUUACACGCGUCACUGGGACCCGCGACCUGAUGCCGAAACACUCGAUGCUAUAGCGGAGGCCACACAGGGCUAUGGAGGGUCGGAUUUGAAGGCGCUUUGCUCCGAAGCCGUAUUGAAGGCGCUCAGAAGAGUUUAUCCGCAGGUGUAUGAAAGUGAACACGCCUUGCUGAUCGAUCCAGAAAAUGUGGAAGUGGCCAGGUGCGAUCUGGAAGACGCAAUGUGUUCGUUGGUGGCUGCGGGCAGUCGCAACGCACCCAUGUGUGUUCGCCGCUUGCCGCCGCACUGUCGGCCGCUGCUAGAACCGCAGGUGCGGGCCGCCGCGCGACUCUUGCCGCCGCAUAACAGAUCAAAGGAGGGCUGUUCACGUAACGCGCUGCUUAUAAGCGGGGAGUGUGCCGAUACUCACGUGGCCUGCGCUCUGUUGGCCCAGCUGGAGCAUCUUACGGUCAAGGAACUGAGCGUGGCGUCACUCCACUCAGCACUGGCCUUCACGCAGGAACAGGCGCUCAUAUCGAUAUUCUCGGAGUGCCGGCGCGCCGACCGCGGCUGCGUGCUGUUCGUCCGCGGAGUGCUGGACGUGUGGGAGUCGCUGCGGGGCCCGGGGGCGGCGCUGAUGCUGCAGCUGUGGCGCUGCGGGGCUGCGGGCGGCGCCUUGCUGCUGGCCACCUCGCACACCGACAUGCUGCCGCCCGAGCUCCGUGAGAUAUUCCCCGAGUAUAAGGAGUGCAUCUACAAGGUGCGCGAGGCCAACGUGACGGAAGUGAUCAACUUCCUGAAGCCGGUGCUCACGGAGGCGCCGCUGCGGCCGCCCGUCCUGCAGACAAAUGAGCCGCCUCCGCCGCUACCUAGGGCGCCACCGCCUCCCCCGCCUCGCGAAAGUGCCGAGGAGAUAGCGCGACGCAAACGCAAGGAGGACUACAAACUGCGCGAACUCCGGAUAUUCCUGCGAGACAUCUGCAGGAAGCUGGCCUCCAACCGCCGCUUCUACAAGUUCACCAAGCCUGUCGAUCUGGAGGAGGUGACAGACUAUCUCGACAUCAUCCAGCAGCCAAUGGACCUGGAGACAAUGAUGACAAAGGUGGAUAUGCAUAAGUACAACUGCGCGAAAGAGUUCCUCGACGACAUAGACUUAAUUUGUGCCAACGCACUGGAGUACAACCCGGACAGGUGA